AUUAAGUCAACAAAAAACAGAUAAACCUGUUCGCAACACCGCUAUUUUAUUAUCGAAUUGUGUUGAUAAAGUUCAACAUUUUUGUGCUUUUAAUCAGUCACAUUUUUGUUGCUGAGUGUUGAACGCAUCGUUUCAAAAAAAAAUAAUACAAUGGCAGCAAUAGGUAAUGUUUUGUCUAGAGGAUUUUCUACAACUACAGCCAGGAAUGUGAUUCAAAAUGUGACCGUCAUUGGUGGAGGUUUGAUGGGGUCUGGAAUUGCACAGGUCGCAGCUCAAUCUGGUCAAAAUGUAACCUUAGUAGACGUCAGCUCAGAUGUCUUGAAAAAAUCAGAAAGCAGCAUUCAAAACAGUCUUGGUCGAGUUGCUAAAAAACUACACAAAGACAACCCAGCUGAAGGAAAAAAGUUAGUAGAUGAUAUAUUAUCUCGCAUCCAGUACUCAACCGAACCACAAAAAGGAGUACAAAACGCAGAUCUAGUUGUAGAAGCCAUUGUGGAAAAUAUGGAUAUAAAACAUAAGUUGUUUAAGAGCUUAGACGAAGCUGCACCAGAGAAAACUCUUUUCGCCUCCAAUACUAGUUCUCUAUCCAUCGCAGAAAUCGCAUCUGUAACAAAACGGCUGGACAGGUUUGGAGGACUUCAUUUUUUCAACCCUGUACCUAUGAUGAAACUUUUGGAAGUCAUCAGGAUUUCUGAAACCAGUGACCAAACCUACAAUGCCAUGAUGGCUUGGGGCAAGUCCAUUGGCAAAGUCUGCAUCACCUGUAAAGAUACUCCCGGAUUUGUUGUCAAUAGGUUGCUGGUUCCUUAUGUUGCUGAAGCGGUUCGUAUGUUGGAAAGAGGCGACGCUUCUGCUCAAGACAUCGACACUGCAAUGAAACUAGGAGCUGGUUAUCCAAUGGGCCCUUUGGAACUGGCCGAUUAUACUGGUUUAGACACUGGUGUGUUCGUCCUCGAAGGUUGGCACAAAAAAUUCCCGGAAAAUCCGCUUUUUAACCCAGUAGAGCUCCAAAAGAAACUCGUAAAAGAGGGUAAACUAGGAAGAAAGACUGGAGAAGGAUUCUAUAAGUACACAAAAUAAGAUAGCUUGUUAUAACCUAUUGAUUUUAAAUAUAUUUUUGUUAUUA